AUGCCGCCCUUCGUCCCCCGCAAGCGCGUCUCCUCCGCGGACCCGCCCCCAGCCAAGCGCCAGGCCCAGGCCAAGGCCGCGCCUGUCCCCAUCAUUGAUGAUUCCGACUCCGACUGUGACUUGUCAUCGCUGAGCGAUGCCCCCGAGGGCGAUAUAGAGACCCCGCAAGGACUACGUCCAGCCGAUUCUGACGACGAGGAAGAAGAGGAUGUCGACUGGGAGGAUGCUAUCGACCCUAAUACGACCAGUGCAACCACGCCCGUCGUCGCCGGGCCCCAACCGGAGCUGCAAGAUUUGGAGUUGACCCUGGACAAGAAUGAAGUCCAUGUAUCAGACCUCUUGGAUGGCAAGAAAGGGCCAAGCAAGAUUGAACGCCAGAUCCGCGUCCAGUCUCAUUGCAUGCACGUUCAGUGUCUGCUCUUCCACAAUGCCAUUCGCAACGCCUGGGUAAAUGACAAGAAAGUCCACGAGACACUACGUCAGAAGCUGCCGGAGGGUAUCCAAAAAGAAGUCAAGAAAUGGCGAAUAGCUUCGGGGUUGGAGCCCCCAGAACCAAAACCGCAGCCGCCAAAGGGUAAAAAUAAAGGGAAGCAGGCACGCAAGAAUAAGGACUGGAGUGAAGAUUCCCAGCGACUGGAGCCCGGUCAGCCAGAUAUGAGCAGGGGAGACCCUUUGAUUGGCUUGCUUAAGAUUCUGGUGGCAUAUUGGAGGAAGCAGUUUCGCAUCACUGCGCCCGGUCUGCGGAAACAUGGCUAUCGCCCGAUUGCCUCGCUCGAGGCGGUUAUAAAUGAUUUCCGGAAUGAGGAAAAUGGCCCCGAGCGGCAGGGAGAGCGUAUUGCCAGUAGGGAGGAGUUCCAAUCUGCUGCGGAGAAUAUGCAGGGCUCUCGAGAUGUGGGUGCUCAGCUUUUCACGGCUCUUAUUAGAGCUUUGAAUAUCGAGGCCAGGCUUGUGGCUAGUUUACAACCGCUGGGCUUUGGCUGGACCAAAGCGGAAACCUACACUCCAUCCAAGACGGAGGCCAAGCCAGAGGCGUCUGGCUUGGGAAACGAGUCCGACGAGUCCGACGAGUCUGAAGGAGACACAACACCGGAGGAAGCACCGUCAUCAAAAAAGGGUAAAGCCCAGUAUGACAAGGAUAUGCCCUUCCCGAUCUACUGGACCGAGGUGGCGUCCCCAAUUACUCAUGAGAUCAUCCCGGUCGAUCCUCUCGUUCUCUCUAACCCAGUAGCAACAACGCCCGAGCUACAAGCAGCCUUUGAACCGCGCGGUGUCAAAGCUGACCGCGCCAAGCAGGUCAUCUGCUAUGUGAUUGCAUACUCAGCCGAUGCCACUGCCAAAGACGUGACAACCCGAUACCUCAAAAGACGAACCUGGCCUGGAAAAACAAAGGGUCUACGCAUGCCGGUAGAGAAGAUCCCGAUGCCAGGUCAUCGCCGGGGCCAAUAUUACGAGUUUGACUGGUUCAGGGUAACGCUCCGUCCCUAUACAAGACCCACGAACCAACGGACCAAAGUGGACGAGAUCGAAGAUGCAAAAGAUCUUCAACGAAAGCAACCCGAAAAGAAAAAGACAACCCAGACGACGGAUACCUUGCAAAGUCUCCGCCAAUCCACCGAAUUCGUGCUAGAGCGAUUCCUCCGCCGCGAGGAAGCCCUCAUCCCCGGCGCGGAAUCCGUCCGCAUCUUCACCUCUGGAAAAGGCGACAAAGCCAAGCAGGAACCUGUAUUCCGUAGGGCAGACGUUGUCAAAUGCAUGUCAGCGGAGAGCUGGCACAAGGAAGGCCGACAGAUUCUGCCAGGCGCUGUCCCCCUUAAACGAGUCCCCAUUCGAUCCGUGACUCUUCGGCGCAAGCGCGAGGUCGACGAGUUACAGCGCGAGACGGGUGAAAAGCCCAUGCAGGGACUGUACGCCCGCGACCAAACUGAGUUUAUCAUCCCCCCGCCCAUCGUUGAUGGUAGAAUCCCGAAGAACGACUACGGGAAUAUCGACUGCUUCGUACCGAGUAUGGUCCCCCGCGGUGCAGCACACGUCCCACUACCGGGUACAGUACGCAUCUGCAAGAAACUCGGCAUCGAUUACGCUGAAGCAGUCACUGGCUUUGAAUUCGGCUCCAAGAUGGCAGUCCCCGUUAUCCAGGGCGUAGUCAUCGCAGCCGAGAACGAAGAUUUACUCCGGGAUGCGUGGCGAAUUGACGCUGAAGAAAAGCGGAAACGCGAAGAACUCAAAGCCGAGAAACGCAUAUUGCAAACCUGGCGCAAGUUCUUGUUCGGAUUGCGUAUCAUGGAGCGUGUGCAGGAGGAGUAUGGAGGCUUUAAUCAUGCCGAGGAUCGGGAGAGGGACUCUCAUAAUCCCUUUGCGGCGCGGAAAAAGCAUAAAGAGCUGCAUGAGGCGUCUGAGCCUGAGAUCCAGCCUGAGUUUGUGGAUGAGCAUCAUCAUUUUGACGAAGCUUCUCAUAACGCUCUUGACCAUGGAGGUGGUUUCUUGUUACCCGGUGAAGCAGACGCAGACGCGGACGAUGGCUUGGUCGUUGAGCAACAUCAUGAUACCCGACGGCGCAUGGCUGCUGCCACUCUUUCUGAUGUAGAGGAUGAUGGUUCAGUAGUUGGAGAUACGUGA